AUGCAGACGAUAAUAUUCUUUACAAUUUCGAUGGUAAUAGUUUCAUCAGACUUUAAUUCAAGUAGUGACAAUUCCACGGAUUUCAGUAACUUUUCAGAUUUUUCGGACAUGGAAAAUAAAAGUGAGGAAAUCUAUUUUGAAGAAAAUGAUGGAAAAUUUCCCAUAGCAGACCAAAUAAAUGAUAAAACUGGAAUAAUAAAGAAUACAUCCACUGAGUCUACACCGGAAAGUACGACAUCCAGUCAUGGAUGGACUGGUCUACGAACCCCAAGACCGGAUAAGAAAUUAAGAGAACUUCAAAAGGAACUGGCUAAGCAGCGUUUGAAACAAAAGGAGAUUGAGUUGAGGAAGGUAAAGGCAAAAGAAAAAGAAGCGAAAAGAAGGCAUCGCCACGAAAAGAAAGGAAACAAAUUAGCAGAUAAGAAAGCAAGACAAGAGUUAGAAGAUGAAACCUUUUCAGCCAAAUUUGGAAGCCUUAAAAACCGAACUAUCGCCAAGGAGCACAGGUCAAAGCGAAAACAUAUCAGUAGAAAAUCACAACAUGAACGUCCGGAAAAGAUAAUCCAACAUUCUAAAGAGUGUAUAGAUUGUGACCCCAAAGAAAAAGCUAAACGCAUUGAAACAUUCCGAAGACAAGUUCUGGAGAAAUUAAGAGUAGAGAAAGUUCCAUCAAAUUACGUUUCCCCACCUCGUUUGCCACCCCAGUAUGAUCCUGAAUAUAUGCAAGAUGAAUGGUUAGACGACGGUGAUGACAGUUUUUAUGCAAAAACCAAACAACUUAUAAUUCCAGCAUCUGACGUUUCUCACCAUUGUGCACCAAGGCAUGCAACUGGCUGCUAUCAUUUCGUUUUGAAAAGAAAAAUCACUGGUUAUAUUACAUCAGCAAAACUCUGGAUUUUUAAAAACAGAGACCAAAACGAUAAACAGCAGUCUUUUACCAUAUCAGAAUUAGAGCCAGAUACAAGAUACGAUCACACCAAACUAAGACCAAAGAACAUUGUAGAUAGAAUCGAGACUGACGUUAAGAAAGGCUGGCUGCAGUUUAACAUGACUUCAAGCGUCAGGAAGUGGUUAGAGAAACCUCACAUGAACCAUGGUUUCUCUGUCCGAUGCAAGACCUGUUACUAUAGAAAGCAUCGUGUGUUAUUUGGGGCUAAAGAAGGAUACCGCCCAGUACUAGUAAUCCAUCUGGGAAGAGAUCGAGGACGACGAGGUAGAAGAAGUAUCGACUGUACCCCCGGAGAAACCUCUUGUUGUCGCCAACAGUUUUAUAUAUCAUUUGAAGAUAUUGAAAACUUCGUCCAGGUGCUGGAACCUAAAGGUAUAUGGGCCAACUAUUGUACUGGUUCUUGUCACGAACCUACAAAUGCUCAUUAUAAUCACACUUCUUUAAUUCAAGCCAUGAGGUGGAGAGCUGGAACUGUGAACGAAACCUUUAUGGAAGAAAUAAAACCGUGCUGUUCCCCUAUAAGUUAUUUGACUAAAUCAAUGUUAAUAAUUGAACCCAGUGGAGAUCUGAGUUACAAUGAAAUCCCCAAUAUUUCGGUUCAGGCGUGUGGAUGUGUGUAG